GAUCGAGGUUAUCGCCAACAGUUGCCGGACCAUGAGGUCCUAGGGAGGUAAGGGGAGGGACCUAAGUAUCGGGAGGAGCGGAGGUCAAGUGGGAACCUGGAGUGGGAGACGCCACCGGUACCGCUGCAGAGCAGCGGAGAAUCCCCGGAGGUUUUCCCUCUGACCCAGGUCCGGUUGCCCUCCGGCCCCUCCCCUCCCCGCCUGGUUCCGAGAGCCAUGGGCAGCUUGAAGCAACGCUUCCACAGGUUUAUGGAACAGAAAAACUUUGUCACCAUUACCCUGGGAAAGCUGGAGGAGGUGACCGGUAUCCAGAAGAACUACUUGGCUUCAGGUAUUAUUGCAUUCCUGGGCCUCUAUCUUAUAUUUGGUUAUGGCGCUUCCCUACUUUGCAAUCUCAUCGGUUUCAUCUACCCAGCAUAUGCCUCCAUCAAGGCCAUUGAAAGCCCUGACAGAGAAGACGAUACCAUCUGGCUAACCUACUGGGUGGUGUAUGGCAUGUUUGGCCUGGCUGAGUUUUUCUCUGACAUCUUCCUUUUCUGGUUCCCCUUUUACUAUGCAGGGAAGUGUGCAUUCUUGCUGUGGUGCAUGCUUCCACUGGCCUGUAAUGGUUCCCAGUUCCUGUAUAAUCGUCUGAUCCGCCCCAUUUUCCUGAGGCACCAGGCAUCCAUGGACAGCCUGGUGACUGACCUGAGUGGACGAGCCCUGGACACAGCAGCCAGUAUCACCCGGGAAGUCCUCCAUGCCUUGGCUCAAAGCAGAAGCAUGAUGGCCACUCAAGUGGGCCCUCAGGUGGCCCCUCGGCUCCCCCCGGAGUCUCCUGUCUUUUUAGCACCCACAUCACCAACUGUCCCCCCCUCCUGCAGCAACCAAAUUUCACCUGCAGCAGAAGGAUAAGUGAAGAAAUGAGCCCUGCACCAGAGGCUUCCAAUGACUGGACAUCCUCCUCCCGACCCCUUCAGCAUCCAGGAUCCUGGCCCAUGGAUAAGCAGCUGACCCUUCUCAGCUGUACCUCCCCCACUCUCCCCACGGGCAUUGGUGAAGCCUCCCAGGCUGGGAGACCGAGUAGGGACUUCUGCCCAUCGAGGUUCCUUCUACCAGUACCAGCUGAAGGAAGUCCCUGCUGGCUCUCAGGCCGCUCUUAAGUAAACCAUCACUGACCAUCUGCCCCUAGCCCCAUCCACCCACCCACCGCUGGCCUCCCCACUGGACCCUUGAUGGGUUCUGGUUAUUCCAGCUGCCCAUGUAUUUAAAAAAAAAAAAAAGUCCUACGCUGGCCAAACUUGUUUGACUAA